UUAGAUGUUUGUGCUAGUGUUAAGAUGUACGGUUACCAUUCAAUCCCGGUAUCAAAGGUCUUUGGAAUGAGUGAGCUGCAGAUUGACGGUUCCAGAUCAAACCAAAUUCAAGUAAUUGAUAUCAUGUUUCGGGCUUGAAAUAAUUCAUAUAUGCUCAGAAUGUUUGAAAUCAUAAAUAAGAACUGGCCAAAAACCAGGCGUAUAAUUCUGCUUAAAAAUAAAUUGUUAAUAUUCUAAUUCUUGGCCCUGUUCCUAAAACCUGCCUUUUCUCCCUCUAAGUCUGUUACGACAUGUCUAUCUUUUGAUGAGUCUGCUGAGCUGAAGUUAUCCCCCUAGCGCUAGCAUUCUACUUAGCAGUAUGAUAUUUUUGAUUUUACAUAUUCAGAAUUAAUCCAAGUUGUAUCGCAAGAACACGUAAAGCUUUCAAGCAGGUGCGGCGAAAGUGUAUCUGCUAGCUACAUGUUAACUCAGCUGCCUCCAAGAGAAUUAACGCCAUUUUCAAUGUGUUUUUAAUUGCGGUCGAAAUAACUGAUGGUCUGACACAAACAAGUAUACUUUUUGAGAAACAUCAUCGAUCAAGACCACAACUACCCAAAUUUAAAGCGUUCAAGAAGGCAUGAAGAAAUAAUAGCACUAUUUCUACAUUGGACUUGAUAACUGAUGCGGCCAAAUGCUUCUCUCCAGAGCGAGAUUGCCAGGUACAAAGUUUCAGGUACACGUACAUAUCUCAGGCGUCAGCUAAAAAUAGAACCGGAAACUCACGCCCACAAGCAUUAAUUUUCAUGUGUAAACACCGGGCAUGGAAAAACUUUCUUGAAAUUCACGCUGUAAUUUCGAGGGUCAAGGCAAGUCUGGAUCUGCAAGCACGAUGACCGGAUCGAUAGCAAAUUUAACGCUGCUGAAUUCAACUGAAGAGGAAUGUAUACCUUUCACCCAGGAAGAUCCCAUUUCUACAAAGGCUAUCAAAGCAACUUGUUACACUGUGUUGAUGUUGCUUUCUCUUCUUGGAAACGCGGCGAUUAUCGCUAUUAUUGCAAAAAACAGGCACAUGCGAACCACAACGAACUACUUGAUCGCAAACAUGGCCGUGUCAGAUUUAUUGAUUUCUGCAUUUGCAGUACCGCGAGAAAUGACGGAAAUCUUUAUCGGUUUCCGUGGAUGGCUGAUCGAUGGUCUAGCUGGUGCAGUCCUUUGCAAAGUUGUUUACUUCUUCCAAGACAUCUCCACUGCAGUCUCGAUACAAAGCAUCGUUGUUAUCACAUUGGAUAGGUACACUGGAGUUGUUCAACCCUUUCGUGAACCUAUCGUGACUCCGAAACGACGCAAAUUUGUUAUUGCACUGAUAUGGCUAAUAUCAAUGGGUCUACACGGCAUAUAUUUCUACAUGGCGCGUCAUCAGCGAGUCAAUGGAAUCAAUAUUUGCUUCUUCAGCUUUGAGCCAGCAUUCGACCAUCUGAGUGCCUCGAGAAUCCAGUUCACAAUAUUUUCAGUGUUUCUGAUCGCCAUCCCUUUGACAAUCAUAACCGUUUUGUACUCACUCAUAUUCAGGGCUUUGAGAAGGGAGAAGUCCUUUUGGCGAAAUUCUUCCUCCUCGCUGAUGAAAAUACGACAAAAAGAGAACACUAAAAUAAUCAGAAAAAUUCUAGCAAUCGUAUUUUUAUUUGUUAUUUGCAUACUGCCUAUAGACAUCCUAGGAUUUCUAUUUCUUUUCGUUUGGUACAAGAAAAUUCCUUGCGGUAUGGACCAAUUGAGCUUCGCAGCUAAGUUUAUAUUUUACGCCAACGCAUCACUUAACCCGUGCGUUUAUCUCUUUCUAAAUGACAGAUAUCGCCAAGGGCUGCGAAAUCUUUUUAGAAAGGGCAAUGAAUGCUUUCCUCGCGAGGGCGAAGCAAAUGACUCCGAAUUGAAGACAUUGUAGUUUUUACAAAGUUGACACAAAAUAGCGUCAACAUAUCAAAUUGAUGUCCACAUUUACAGAAAAAGUUGUGCGGUUUUGACAGAUCGUGUUUUAAUGGUUUCUUCUGGGUCAUUUUUUGCCCACUUGUUGUGACGUUUUGACGUUUUGUGUAAGUGUAGAAGAGCAUAUGGAUUUGCUGGAGAGCGCGAGAUAAGAUUUUAAGGGUUCUCUGAUAGGUCAGAAGUGGCAUCAUUAAAAAAAAAAAAUUCUGAAUAGUAAAUAUUGGUAAGGUCGCCAGAUAACGCUCAUUGAAAAUAUAAAAUAUAACUAUCGUUGUCACAACGUUCUAAAGUGGCACGAAAAGUAUCUUUUAGCUUUUAUAUUAAAUAUAGUUUAAAAAAAAAAAUUAAAUCAGCGAAAAUGUUUACUUUGCACCAAGUCAUCGUAUGUAUGGCGCGCGCAAACAGACUUGUGCUAGCUGCAAUUUUCUAAGUACUGUACGUAAAUUAUUUCUUUCCCUAAGAUCUUGGUGUGCGUGCGCUGAAUAGUUUUAGCGUUAGUAUUUUGCUCCUUUUAGUUAUUCGAUAAUUGCGCGUUAUUCAUUUAAAAUUUACGGUUUUUCGUAACUCUAAACAGCGAUCAUUCAAUUACCAAUUGUCAACGGACCACCGAUUUCUUUUACUAUUUUUGUAUUUCUUAAGGCAAUCCUGAAAUAUUUGGUUUUUGCAUGGUAAA